AGCAAUGAAUUAAAGGAUUGCAGUUUCAAACACACCGCGGCGGGAUUUCUUGAAAAAAGUAGUUUUUAUUGUGCGCUCCUGCCCGUCAUCGAGAACGGUUCCUUCAAUUGUCAUAAAAGUCAAGUCUUUAUAAGGGAGAAUCGUUCUAAAUCAUUCACGAUUUUGUUUCCAACAAUCAAGUGGAAGUAUCGUCGUCGUUAGUUGCUGGAAGAAUGAAGCAAUUUAAUGGUGCGAUUGUUUUAUUAUUACUGGAUGCACUUGGAGUCAUUCCGGGUUGGGGAAAGUUGAUGCCGGUGGUGCAACAAUCUCCAGAUCUCGCCGCAGUAACGGCAAAUAUAAUGAAAUCAUGCUACGUCGAAAAGGUGAAAGAGGUUGGGAUAGUCGGAGACGUACCCGAUUCUUUCUUCGCCACUCUUUCGACAGGCGAACCGAUUGCCACAGUUCUGAUUGACAACGAUGAAAGACCAGUUGAAACGGAUGCGGUUUCGAAAUGGUCUCGUCACAAACUGCACGUUUUCGUUAUUACGGCGCCGUCGCCGCUAGAACUUGAGCGGAUUCUCGUUGAUCUCAGAAAUUCACGCUGGUGGAAUCACAUGGCUCAGUUUUAUAUAUUGGACUCAUCCGCCAAAGAAACUGGGUGCUCGGGAACGUUCGGAUUUCUGUGGACAGCGUGGAGAAUGGAUAUCCUCGGUGCGAAGUUCAUUUGCAACCAGGGUGCCGACGAAUCGUUGAUUUAUACAUUCAAUCCUUACACCGACUAUGCGCCGAGCCCAUGGAAAUUAGAGCGAACGUAUAAAGGCGUAAACGAGCAUCCGUGGGCUCUACUCGUUCAAAAAUAUCACGAACGUCUGAAUAAAUGUGAAAACAUCGAUUUCGACCCGACUAAAGAAGCUGGUAAAUAUGAAGCUCGCAUGACAGUGUCGGAAUCGGAUGUUUUUUUGAAUUCGACGAAAAACGGUCGAAUCUCUCCGUACGAACAUACCGAUAUAUUCCUGCAAAUAAUGUCCCGGUACAUGAAUAUAACGCUCAAAUUUGUGUUACAUCCGACGAAUGAAUCUAUACACGCCCUAUCCUUCCCAAUGGCAAAAAAUUAUGUCUGCAAUCGAUGGACCCUCGAGAAUUGGCGUGUGCAUCGUCAUCAUAGUUAAUGUCAUUUUUUUCACAUUUGCCCUGCGUCAACCGUUUAUGAUUGCAAUACUAAAUACUAUUCGCAUGAUUUGCAACUCUUGUUUGACCAAAUUGCCAAAUAACUUUGGCCCAAGAAUCUAUCUAGGCUGUUUGUUUUGCUUCGUCGUAGUUAUUCAAGCUCUUUAUCAAGGACAACUUGCUGCUCUGUUAACGAAGCAUGUUCGUCUCCCAAAUGUCAAUAAUGGAGCCGAUCUCAGGAACUCCGAUUACACUAUUUACGUAUGGGCUAAUGAUAGCAUUUUUUUUAACGACCCAGCUUUCGAAGGACGCUUCGUGGGGAUUGAUUUCUAUUCAAAAAAGUGUACGGAUUAUGUAUUGCAAGAUUCAUCGAUUGCUUGUGUAGCGACUCGAGAAUGGCUGAUCCACGAUACUGCAAGAGCGAAACUGCACAUGUCUAAGCAUCCAGUUCUCGAGGUUUAUAAAACUCUUUUACUCAAGAAAGACUGGCCCUUGGAAGAAAGAUUCAAUCGGCACCUUUCCCAUUGUCUAGAGUCCGGUCUUUGUCAAUAUAAUUAUGAAAGAUCUUAUGCAGAACAUCAUCGUACUUUAGAGUCGAAUGAAAAUGCAGGUAGUCACGAAGGCUUCAGGAUUUUAUUCCUCCCCGACUUGGAUUUUGCGUUUUUUAUUUUUGGGGUUGGAUCAACAUGCGCUUUCGUAAGUUUUCUCAUUGAAUUAUACGUCGGGAGAAAACGUAGGUUGAGGAAAAAUAUUUGGGCGCGUCCCUUUUCAAUUUCAAAAUGGAAGAAAAACCAUUUGCAAACUUUCCCUACGAAGAGCCGGAGAGCAAUCGGUGUCAAAGGAAAGUCGAAGGUGCGCUCCAUUGUUCUAGAAUUGCUUAAAACUCGUUGAGUUUUCGCAUUUUCAACUGUGUAGUGUACUUUUUGAAACUAUUUUCUCAAACUAUUGGGUUGGAGCGAUUCUUGUGUUUUUGUGCCCGUAAAUGCAACAAAAAUUCCAAAAAGAAUUAGAGCUUUGAUUUUACUGAAUGGUCGUUUGGUACAGUUUGCACAAAUUUCCAACGUAAUGCCCCAUUGAGCGUCUUUUAAAACUAUCGAUAUCCAAAAAACUCAUUCUGAAUGAAAAAGAAUGCAGCGAAUCAAACAUUCAAAAAUUUUUUAAUUCUACUAAAUUUUCACUGAAAAAAAACACUGUAAAAUGUACACUUCGACCUCGGUUAUUGAAACUUUAUAUGUUUAGUUAGUCGUACAUGAUCACACACUGAAGACCCAUCGUAUAACCGACUUAAAGUUACAAAAAUCCUAAUUAAAUUUUCCCCUGAAAAGAAAUUCGAGAAUAACUUGAAAAUUUCGAUGGCAUUUCUCUUUAAUCGAGGUCCCUGUAACCCGACGCUUUAUAUUUUGUAAGAAAAAGCGAUCGAAAAUUUUCACCGGAGCACUUCUUAAACCGAUUUUCGAUCGACAACGUUGAGAAUAAGUAUUAACCUAUCGCAUCACUGUAUCGUGCAACUCGAAUUGUUAAUCUCCUCAAUUUUCUUGCGCAAUGUGUGCUAAUAAAAAUCUCUCAUUGUUA